GAAUAGUAAAAACCGUUCGAUUGAACACUGGCUUACAUAAAGAAAUGAUAAAAACAUUCAAAAGCUUUACAGAUGUAUCGCCGCUCAAACACAUCGGCCUUAUCUCUAAUCCAAGAGCGUACAUGCAGGCUAUGGGAGUUUUAGAGCUCAUUUUGGGUACUACAUUGAUCGUAGGAUCAAAAACUUAUAGAAGAGUCGCUUGCUUAGGAUUGAUGACGCUCAUGGCCCUAGCUUGUUACAGUCAUUUUGCUCUUAGUGACUACAAUGGAGUAGGUUCCUCUUUAUUUUUACGGCAGAUGAUCGUUCCUUGUGGCUAUUUUGGUCUCUUGAUCUGGCUUUACGUUUCAAUUGACAGGUUGAGAAGGAGGAAACUUAAAGAAACCUGA